CGUGAACUACAUUAUUGGCUUGGCACGAGCUUCUGCUCUGCAACUUCAACUGCAUCUUGAACGUCUCCCCGGAACCUCAGGUCACGACGAUUGUAAUCUCCCCUCCUGUCAUCGCCAUUGCUCGUUUUCGCCGGAACCGUCGCUGAAACGCAAACAUGGUCGCCCCUACAGCUGCCCGCAUGAUGCAGGCCACCCGUGCCCGCAUGUUCAACCCGACACAAGCUCAAAGAUGGGGAUUUGUUUACCGCGAGAACCGAGUGCCUUACUACCAGCGGCUCUUCCAGAAGCAUGACGGCAAGCGACAAUGGUGGAAGACCCACCGAAGCCCAUACAUCCUCUACCCAUACUACACCCUCUUGCUCGGAAGCUUCGCAUUCUCUUUCUACGGCAUGCUCCGCAUGACUUUCGGCCACAAGACGUUGUGGUAGAGUUUUGGUUGUUAAAAAUGAUGGUUGGCGGAAGAUAUCGGAGUGUGGAAGAUGGGGGACCCUGACUAUAGGCCCUGCUGCACACAGACGUUUGUACAUAUGCUUUGCAGGAGCUGAAAUCCGAAACGAACCAAUUCAAACAUACCAAUCCG